AACAAAUUAACCUCCACCACCACCAAUGGUCAUGGAGGAUCCUCGGCCGCCGGCAAACCCUAGUCACUUAACUCGCCUCAACACCUACGUCGCCAAGAGCCGAGUCGGCAAGCGCUUCAAACUCACCGAGCGCAACUCCACCUUCACCACCGAGCUCCGCGCCGGCACCGCCACGUUUCUCACCAUGGCCUACAUCCUCGCCGUCAACGCUUCCAUCCUCACCGACUCCGGCGGCACCUGUUCCGUCUCCGACUGCAUACCCCUCUGCUCCAACCCCUCCUUCUCCGCCGCCAACUGCACCGGAACCGUCAUCCAGCCCGACGAGUCGUGUAAAUUCGACCCUGUCAACUCCGGCUACGCCGCCUGCCUUGACCGCGUAAGAAAAGACCUCAUUGUCGCCACCGUCGCCUCCUCCCUCAUCGGCUGCCUCAUCAUGGGCGCCUUCGCCAACCUCCCUCUCGCUUUGGCCCCCGGAAUGGGCACCAACGCUUACUUCGCCUACACCGUCGUCGGGUUUCACGGCUCCGGCAACGUCUCAUACCAGAGCGCCUUGGCAGCCGUUUUCAUGGAAGGACUAAUUUUCCUCCUCAUCUCCGCCAUCGGACUCCGCGCCCAUCUCGCCAAGUUGAUCCCUAAACCCGUCCGGAUCAGCUCCUCCGCCGGCAUCGGCCUCUUCCUCGCCUUCAUCGGCCUCCAGUCCAACCAAGGCAUCGGACUCAUCGGCUACAGCUCCUCCACCCUCGUCACGAUCGGAGCCUGUCCCACCAAGUCGCGCGCCAUGCUCGCGCCCGUCGUAGCGGCCGCGAACGGCACCGUCAGCCUGCUAGCUGGCGGCACGGUCUCGGGUGACAUAUUCUGCACCCGAGACCGGAUGGAGAGCCCCACAUUCUGGCUCGGUGUGGUCGGCUUCAUCAUCAUAGCCUAUUGCCUAGUCAAAAACGUAAAGGGGGCCAUGAUCUACGGCAUCGUGUUCGUCACGGCCGUGUCAUGGUUCCGUAACACACAAGUAACGGCGUUCCCUGACUCCGACGCCGGGAACGCGGCGUUCGAGUAUUUCAAGCAAGUCGUAGAUGUCCACACUAUCAAAUCCACGGCGGGGGCCCUCAGCUUCAAGAGCUUCGGAAAAGGGUAUUUCUGGGAAGCCCUAAUUACGUUCCUAUACGUAGACAUAUUGGACACGACCGGUACGCUCUACUCCAUGGCACGCUUCGCCGGAUUCAUGGACCAAAACGGUAAUUUCGAAGGUCAGUACUUUGCCUUCAUGUCGGACGCCACGUCGAUAGUGGUGGGGUCCUUGCUCGGCACGUCACCGGUGACGACGUUUAUAGAGUCGUCGACGGGGAUAAGAGAAGGAGGACGUACGGGGCUGACGGCUUUAACGGCGGCGGGGUACUUUUUCUUUGCGUUUUUCUUCACGCCGUUAUUGGCUUCGAUUCCGGCGUGGGCGGUGGGGCCGCCGCUGAUAUUGGUGGGGGUGUUGAUGAUGAAGUCGGUGGUGGAGAUAGAGUGGGAUGAUAUGAGGCAGGCGAUACCGGCGUUUGUGACUUUGAUACUGAUGCCGUUGACGUAUUCAAUAGCCUAUGGUUUGAUUGGUGGGAUUGGGACCUAUAUUGUUCUGCACCUAUGGGAUUGGAGCAGAGAGCUUUUAGUGAAGCUUGGAGUUUUGAAAGGUGAAGAAGGAGUUGUGGUGGUCAAUGGAAAUGGGGUGGUGCAUGAUCAGCCCAAAGAUGACCAAGCUGCGAAAGAGCUUGAAGUUUAGCUUCUUCUUCUUCUUCUUCUCCUUAGUUUUUUCCUUUUUUUUUUGUCUUUUUUUUUUUGUCAGAGAUUAAUUU